CAUGGUAAAAGUUGACUUAGUCAAUUCUAGCCUAAUUCGUUCAUUUAAAAUGAGUGGUACUUAAAAUCUUUUCUCUCUCUUUCCCCCUUUUCUCUCCCUUCUCUCCUGCUUCUGCCUCCCUUCUCUGGUGCGUUUUUUUGCUCGGAAGCCUUUGAGCUUCCGAGGUUUUGAUGCUUGAGCCGCCAGGCUUCCCGGUCGUUCAGGCAUGUUGGAGCCGCCCUGUGCUCCCCCCUCCGACAACCCUUCCGGGUCUGUCGGCUUUUGGGUCCCCUUUGGUGACCCCUUUGGUUUUCUUGUUUUUUCUUGUUGUUUGGGUUUUUUUUGUGUUCUUGUAUAGUUUGUUUUUCAGAUCUGGCGACCCUCAGCUCUAUCCUGCAGAUCUUUUAGGUCUUCGCUGUUUUUGGUUUGCUUGCAGAUUCGGCGGUGGUCCCCUCCAUCCAACAGCUUCUAUCGGUGAGGGUACACGCGAGGGAUCCCAAAUCUAGCAACCUCGCGACCCACAUGCUGCCUCCACCUGAUCGGGUCUCCGCAUCGGCAUCCUGGAGCCUGGCGCACCUUCCACAUGGGUAGCUUGAAGGGUGUCCCGUUGGAUCGCUCGACCGAAGGCCGCUGUAUAGCUGGGCCCUUAGUGGUUGUUCGAGUGUCAUGUGCACCUCCCUUCGGCCUCUGGAUAUGGGUUUACUCUAGUUUCUUGCUCCUGUUGUAGAGAAUUUGUUGAUGAGCGUAGGAAAUGUUUAUUUUCAGCAAUUUAAAGGAAGUAGGUCAAUCCUGGCUUCUUUCCUGAACCUCUUCCUCCAUACAAGUCAUUCUAUUGUUUCAGCUCAGCCAUUAUUGCACCUCUAACAGAAAAGCUGGCAACAACCCGCAUCAGAGUGAUAUAGACUUCUAUGAAUCAAAUGACAGUUUGGAUUCUUGUGCCAUUGUGGAAAAUUAAACACCAUGAAAUAAAGAUACAUGGACAUGGCAAUUAUGUUACCUGGUUCCUUGCCUACACGCUUUUGGCAGACUUCAUUCUAUUCGCAUAGAAACUGGGAGAAGCAUGAGUAAGUUGUGGUUUCUAGACAUUAUUAAUUUAUUAUUUCAGGAAAUAGGGUUUUCUUGUGAUUAUCAUUUUCUAAAUUCAUUCGAGUGGAAGGAGAGAAAAAUCUUUUUUGUUGAAGAAUAGCAAACUUUCAAGCAAAUGUUCUUUUAAAAAAAGAAAAAAAAGACAAACCUGUAAUUGCAACUAGCCAUUACCUCAGACUUUUAGCUUGAUCAACCUCCUUAUCUUUUCAUUAUUUGGGUAAUGGUUCUUCUCAAACCUCUUUAAUCCACUUUUGAUUACUUCUUGUCUCUUGCUUGUCACUACUCCCAACCAUAUCAUUCUUUUUCAUCACUGUCAAAUCUUUUACCUCGCUUUCUUCCCUUUUAGCAUCAAUAUCUACUCAUUGGGAACUUUGUUCUCUUUCAUUUACCAUCACUUUCUCUAGGAUCAGGUUCCACAUCACACAACUCACCAUCACUUCCCCAUACACAUGGCAAUCUCAAAAACACAUUCCAACUCAACCGAGAUGGUAGUAUCAUUAGACUCAAGGAAAAGAAUAGCAGAUAAAC